AUGCCACUUGAAAGUAGUAUUGAAUUACAUAUUAAUAACACUUAUUAUGGGAAAAUAUAUAAAAAUAAUACAAGUGUAUAAACAGAUAAUUUUAUUUUAUAUGCGAAUUUCAAUAAGCCAAAUUACUAUGAGAGUACAUAAGUUUAUUAGAAUAAUCAAUAAUAUCAAAUUUAUCUAUAAGCAAACAUAACAAAAUAAUUCAUUCUUAAAUUAAUAGGCAAUUAUACGUACAAUUAUAUUGUAUUUUUAGAGAUAUUAACGCAGGAUGGGCUAUUCGGAGUAUUGAGAUUUCAUCAGGGUAUUGUCCCUCUUAGUGUUAAACAUGCAGUGAAAAAUUCAAAUGUACUAAGUGCAAUACAAAUUAUUACAUUUCAAAAUGGAACCAAUGUGUUCAAUGCACAAGUAAUUUUUAAAUUAAAAUUAAUGAUACUCAUUGCUAAGAUUUCGAUACUACUGAUGCAACAAAAUGUAUUCUAAUUUUAAUUAGUUUUAGAUUCCAGACUAUUAAUAAAAGAAUUUAUUGGAUUAGAAAUUAAUCCUGUUACUUAUUCUGAGUAUUUAGUAAUUAGUUAAACAGGUUUAAAUUUUCUAAAAGGAGCUAAUAUCUAUUAUUCAAUUUUGAAUAAAUACUAGAGAAUCUUUGGAGGGCCUUAUAUAUGGGCCUAGGCUAGAUUUUCAAGAUAAUUCAAUAUUCUUGAUCCUCAUCAUAGUCUAUCUAUAGCUUUUAUUGUUGUUUUUGGCCCUUCAUUCCAAGAUAAUGGUAAAUUUAUUUUUUGGAUUGACGAUACUCAUAUGACAGAAUUAACAAAAUCUAGUCCAUCAAAUAAAAUAUUCAAAUAGCACUAACAUUCUUUAACUACUCUCAAAUUAGAUUGGGAAUGUUAAGGUCUUAAUAAUGAACCUAUUGAAGCUUUUUGUGGAUUUUAUCAGUUUUAUAUUACUGUUCAUUAUUGUAGGACUGGUUGUCAAGCUUGUACAAAUGAAAUAGAUUGCUAAAAUCCUAGUACAGUACUAUCUUCCACAUGCUAAUAGAUUAAUGAAUAUUAUGAUUGGCAUUUAGAUUAAUGUUAAAAAUGUCCAAAUAAUUGCUAAACUUGCACAUCUUUAUAAAAUUGUUUAACCUGCAAGGAAGGGUUCAUUAACCCGAUUUAAGGAUGUGUUUGUUCUCCUAAUUAAUAUUUUGAUAAAAAUCAACAACAAUGUAUAUAAUGCUCUUAAAACUGCGAUAGAUGUAUUAAUGAUGUAAUUUGCACCUAAUGUGAUUUUUUAAAAUUUCGAAUAUUAACUAAUAAUUAAUGCAUUUGUAAAGAAGGCUAUUAUGAUGAUAAUUAAAAUUGUUUAAAAUGCCUUUAAUUUUGUAAUAAAUGCACAUCAGAAAAUGAUUGCCAAGAUUGUAUUAAAGGAUUUAGCUACAAUAGCAACAGUCUUAUUUGUGAAAGACCUGCUAAUCAAUAUUAUGUUAGUAGUCUUGCUAAAUUUUUAGACUGUCCUAUAAAUACUUUAUGUGAUCCUUGUAAUUCAAAUUAUACUAACUGCAAUUGUGGGGAUGGUAUAAUUACUGAAAUGGAAGAAUGCGAUGAUAUGAAUAAUUUAGCAAAUGAUAGAUGUUAUAAUUGUAAAUUAGAAUGUUAAAAAUAAUGUACAAAAUGUAUACUAGGAGUAUGCUAUGAGUGUGCAACUUCAGGUUGGUAUCUGGAUACUUUAACAGAUUAACUUAUUUGUAAAGAAUAAUGUAGAGAUGGGAUAAAAGUAGGAACAGAAAAAUGUGACGAUGCUAUCGAAUCAACUAAGAAAAUCUGUAAGGAUUGUUAAUUUUAUUGCUAUCCAGAUUGCUUAGAGUGCGAUUUAAAUUAAGGUUUAUGCUUAAAAUGUAGAGAAGGCCUUUCUCCAGAAUCAAAUUAUUGUAAAAAUAUUUGUGGAGAUGGAAUAAUUGUUUAAGCACCUGAUAUUAAUGUUUUUGAAUAAUGUGACGAUCAUAAUUUAUCUGAUGAUAAUGAUGGUUGCACAUCGAAUUGUAAGUUUAAAUGUUAAAUUCCAUUAAUAUGUGACAGUUGUCAAAAUGAUAUUUGUCUUCAUUGUGUUGAUGUAUAUCUAAUAAAUUCAAGAUUACAUCGAUGUGAAUGUAGAGAAUCCUGUCUUGAAUGUGACCUUUCUUAAGGUAAUGGAUGUUUAUAAUGUAAAAUUGGAUAUGAAUUACGUGAUAAAUAAUGUUUUACUAUUUGUGGUGAUGAAAUUGUCACACUUGAUGAAUAAUGUGAUGAUGGAAAUUUGAUAUUUGAUGAUGGAUGUCAUUAUUGUUAAUAUAAUUGUUAAGAUUAAUGUGCUCUUUGUUUUAAGGGCAUAUGCUUAAAAUGUUUCGAUAACUAUUUAUUAAUCCAAGAAAAAUGCAUCAAAAUAAAUUAUGAAGAUAAAAUCCUUUCUUAAAUUGAUCUGAAUUUUUUUUCUUAUCAAUCCUAUGAUAAUCAAGAAUUGCAAUUAUAUUAAUUUUUCGAAUACAAUAAUUAUAUAAAAGCGAUCACUCUUUAAUCAUUAGGAUUAUAAGAUAAAGAGUUUAUGUAACAAUUCGAAUAAUUGUAUUUUACAUAUUUUAAAAGUUUUUUAAUAAUAGAUUAAAAUUUAGAUCUUUUUCAUUAACGGGAAGAUUUAAUCAUUGACUAUCUGAAAGAUAAAUAAAAAAAUAUUAUCUACACAACUUGUUUAUAGAUGGAUAUAAAUUGUUCAUCGAUGUGUUUAUCAUGCUCCAAUUAGUAAUGUUUUUUUAGAAAUAGAGAUAAUCUAAAAUAAAACUGUAUCUCCAUUUUUGGAGAUGGAAUUUUAGCUAAGAAUGAAUAAUGCAAUUAUUUAAUUUAAAAUUAUUAAGAAACAUAUAUUAACUGUAAAUAUAACUGUCCUAUUAAUUGCUAAUAUUGUCAUACAGGAAUAUGCAUUAAUUGCUCUCAAGGCUACUAUUUAGAUUUACAAACUAAUUCUUGUGACUCUAUAUGUGGAGAUAAAAUCAUAACACCUUAAGAAAAUUGUGAUGAUGGAAACAAUAUUAUUUAUGAUGGUUGUACUAAUUGUCAGUUCUAAUGUCAAGAAACCUGUACAAUUUGCCAAAAUGGAAAAUGUUUAUCUUGUAUCCAAUCCUAUUUUUAUGACCAAAAGUAAGAAAGAUGUUUAGAGAGGAAAUAAUGCGAUGAGUCAAAAGGAUUGUAUUACGAUGAUAUUAAAAAUAUUUGUGUUACAAAAUGUGGAGAUUAAAUUAAAGCUGGUGAUGAAUAAUGCGAUGAUGGAAAUGAAUAGCCUAAUGAUGGAUGUAAUUUAUGCCAAUUUUAAUGUGAAUUACUAUGUAAAAUUUGCAUACAAGGUAAAUGUACCGAAUGUUAAGAAGGAUACAAAAAUUAAAAUGAAAUUUGUACAAGUACAUGUGGAGAUGGAAUAGUCCUUUUAUCUGAAUAAUGCGAUGAUGGUAAUAAUGUUUCAAGAGAUGGUUGCACCUAAUGUAUUAUUGAUCCAGGAUACUAAUGUAUAAAAGUAUAAGAAACAAGUAUUUGCUUCAUUUGCCAAUCGAAUUGUGCAAAUUGCAUCUAUAUGGAAGGAAAUAUCAAAUGUACUUCAUGCUUAAAAGGAUAUUUCUUACUUGAGAAUGAAUGUAUCACUUGUUCGGAAUAAUGUGAAGAGUGUGAAAAGACUCCAAAUAAUUGUACCAAAUGUAGAAUUGAAAAAUGCGAAAAGUGUAAUAAUAGUUAAGGAUUAUAUGCUGAUUAUAAAUUAAGAAAAUGUGUUCCUAAAUGUGGAGAUAAUAUUAAAGCAGGAGAUGAAUAAUGUGAUGAUGGUAAUAAAUAAGAUAAAGAUGGUUGCACUUCUUUUUGUGAAAUUGAAAAAGGUUAUGAAUGUACAAGAAAUAUUUGUUUAAAGAUUCCUGAAAAAAAAGUUGAUGUUAGUUUUACCAAUUCAAGCUCUGAUAAUAAUUUAGUAAUAAAAAGUGAGAUUAAUUUUUUGAAUAUAUGCUCUUUAAUUCAAAUUAACAUUAAUUUCUUUGAACCGCAUGAAUUUAAUUACAACUUAACAUAAUUUUAAAUAAAUGAAACAUCAGUUUACGGUUGCUAAAUCGACUUUGAAUUUCUUAAAACUAUUUCAGAGAUAAAUUUAAUUCAUUUAAUGAUACCAUUAUCUAAUAAAACCUUAAGAUUUUUAGAUGAAAUAAAAGAAAUUGUAAUAACACCCAGAAAAUAAAUAUUUUACAAUAUGGAUUAAAAAUAAUAGGCCCAAUAAAUAGUCAGUGCUUCUAAUUAAUUCACAUUCAUCCUACAAUUAAUUGGACCUCUUACCAUCUUCUUUGGUGGAUUAGACUCUUUUUGGACUAUUUUGGAGAUUCUGACUUGGAUAAAUUAUUUCUAUUUUUUUAACAUUGACUAUCCUCUUAAUGUUAAAUAAUUUUUCAAAUAAAUCUAGUGGGAUGAUAUUUUUGCCAUUCCAAAUUUGAUAGAACUUAAUAAACCUACAGAUUCUUAUUAUUUUUAAGCUCCUCCAAAGUUUUCAGAAAAAGGUGUUAACCCACUUUUUAUACAAAAUAUUUAAGUGUUUUGUAUUUUACUUUUGAUUUCUAUCUUAAUUUAUGCUUUAUCUUCUUUUAUAGUGAUGGUCUUUCGGAAGAAAUUAUCUACAACAGCCCAAUAAACACAUAAAAUUUAUAUUUACACCAUUUGUUAUUAAUAAUAAAAGGUUGAAGGUUAAAAUUAUGCUUAAAAAAAAAAUCAGGAUCAUUUUUAAUAAAAGCUUUAACAAUUAUCUAAAUUAUCACUGUCACUUUUUUAAUUUAGUUACGAAUAUUUACAAAAUUUUUAAUCAAAUUUAUUUUCAAUAGUUGAUUUAUUCAUCUUAGAUAUUUUUAUGGCAAGCCUUUUAUAAAUUACUUGCAAUUAUAAUUUAGAUCAUUACAUCUUAAUAAUUAAUUUUGGAUUAGCCUUAUUUACUUUGAUAUUUAUUUUUUAUAUCCUUCAAGUUUAUAUUUACGUGAGUUCAAAGCAUACUCUCUUGUUAAAACAUACAAUUUAUCAACGUAAAUUCUAUUCAAUAUACCAUUCAAUUAACUUUGAAAAUUCACAUGCCAAAAAAUAUUGUUAUUGGAAUAUUAUUAGAAAAGCAGCAUUUAUAUUUUCCCUUUUAUAUUUUUACGAGAAGCCUUUAUUAUAAACUAUUUUAUGUUGCAUAUCUUGUUCUAUAAAUUAAGCAUUUCUAAUUUUUGAAAAUCCCUUUAAAGAUAAAAUAUCCCUAUUCAAAAUAGGUAUACCUGAAUUUUCCAUAUUUUGUGUAACAUUAUUAAAUAUUUUAAUUUCUCUGGAUGAUUAUAGCCACAUAUUAGAUUUUGAAUAGAAAUAUAUAAUUGGAUGGUUGAUUAUUACACUAAUAAGUUUAUCCAUUUUUGUUUAAAUUCUAUUUUUAAUCCAGUAGGUUUUAACUAAUUUGAGAUCAAAUUUAUUAAGCAUAGCAAGCCUUCUACGAGGUUGA